AUGUUCAAUGGUAAGGAGAAGGCGGCGAGGCUCUGCGCGCGCAUAGCCCGCUUCGGCCUUGCGUCGCGGGCGCACGCGCCCUGCUCUCCGACCCUUUCGCUUCGGCGCCGCGUAGACCCUCCGCGGAAGACGGGAGAGGGAAGCGGAGACCCUAAGUCGCCCCCGUGGCCCCUUCUCCUCCUCCGCAGCGUCUCUCUCCCGACAACCCACCUUUGCGCUUUCUCUGAGCACGUGCUCUGCUGCUGCUGCUGCUGCUGCUGCUGCUGCUGCGCCUCCUCGGCGACUCUCCAGCCUUUGCGCGCCGCGUGAGAGGCUUCCGCGCUUUUAUCCCCUCGGCCCGCGGAGGGAAUUUCCCCGCGUUUCCAGAGCGAAACUGGAAGCGCCUUAUUCCCAGCAGCGCUGGGCAGAGACACCCGAAAUCUCCCGGAGACAAAAGGCAGGGGAGUGGUGGAGGACAUUUGUUUGCGAGGCGAGGCACGUUGGGGCGAACGAGUCCUCGGAGCCAAGUGUCACCCCGCCCUCGAAGGUGCCAUUAACCCCGUUCCCAAGUCUUCGGAAGCCAGGCGUCUCCGCACGCCGCGCGGAGCCCAGAAAAUCCCGAGGGUGCCGGGCUAAAUUCCAGCUGGCAAGGCGCGGGGCUUCGCUUCUUCCUGCAGGUGCUGCCCGCCGCUGCCAUGCCAGCAUUCGCGCCUUCUUUUCCCGUAAAACUUCUCCGGGGACGACCCAAAAAGUAAAGCACCAGCCAAAAGCCAUUAAAAAAGAAAAGGUACCGUUGCAAAAGAUGGUAACCCCUUAGUUGACUUUCUCUCAACAAAGAAAUAAUAAUAAAAAAUACAUAAGGUUAAGAAUUUCAAUGCCCAUAAGGGUAUCAAAAUGAGACUCUUCUGCCUCUCCAGAAGGGUUUGUGGGAUCCUUCCCAAAAAUGAUCUUGGCCGGCCAGAGCCGAACGUGAAGAUUUUCCUCCAACAGGUGCUUUUGCAAGUGCCCUUUGCCACAGUUCAAAUAUACACAGCACCAUCUCUCUCUCUGUGUGUGGCAGGUGUCUGUGGGAUAAAAUUAUGAGGAUUCUUAUACUGCAAACAGUAUGGGAUAGUUCCAUGUACCAGUACUUAUUCCAGGUUGUCAUUAGUUCCUUAAUACGCACGGGCCAUGGUUUAAACUAAGGGUGGCAUUAAAAACCCACCCCAUUUUUAGACACCCCGAUUCCAGUGGCUUUGGGUCAGUCACAGACUACCAACUGCAGUAGUUUUUAGUGGAAUCCCAAUCCCUAGCAAGAAAAACUCAGAGGGUUAUACUAGCUCUUGAAUCCAGGCUGGUGCUCUUUUAAAAAUACCACUUUUAGGUUUUUCACCAGUUCUGUAUCCUCUUUGCUGCAGGAUGUUUCACUUUCAAUGGGUAAAGAGGAAUGAGACAGAGAGAUAAGGUUGCCAGGCAGCACUGUUUGCUGCUAAUUCCCAGAACUGUGCAGACUAUGCCCACUAGCAUGGAAAAGCUGCCAAGUGAGGACUGUAAAACAGUAUUGCGGAAGUUUAUGUAGACUGUGUUCCAACUCACCUUGUUCAGCGAAGGAAUCCCUGUACUGUAUAGCUCUCCCCACUUUUUUGCUUGCAAGCUUGUUCAUGUGCUCGUUUCUUUCUGCUGCCAUUUCUUCCUGUUGGCUGGUUAAACCAUGCUGUGUCUCCUUGGCUUGCCCUAAUCUCCACUCUUUCAACCUCCACCCUUGGCUGUGUAGCAGUGAUAAUGUUCAGAAAUAACAAGAAAGUUUCCCUGCUCGUUGUUUCUAUUGCUUACCUAUAGUGCCUGGUUUUGUCGAUAUGUGUAGAAAUGCAGAUGGGUGGUGUAUGAGUCAUUUGUUUUUAAAAAUCAUUCUUUGAAAUAUUUUAAACCACCCUUCAUCUUCAUGGAUACCAGGGCAAGCUACAAUAGGCAUGAAUAAAGUUGAUCGUGCCGAAAAAAACAAUAAUAUGCAAUAACCCUGGUGGCUGUUGGCACUGGAAGGGCAGAAGAAAGCAGAAAACCAGCAGUAGAUGGAGCCAGAGCUGAUGACAGACAGAGCCAGCUAAAUUAUAGUUUUCCAUUCUUUUUCUCCAUUGAGAGAGAAAUUCAACAUAGGGUUAAGCAUAUUGCUCCAUCGACACAAGCAUUUCUUGCUUGCCUGAAGGAACAAUCUGCCCUCUCAUCCUCCUCCGUGCACACAACGGGAAGACAGGAGGGGAGCCUCAUUGUGCUAGCAGAAGUCCUUGUGUGGGCUUCCAUUGGUGGGAAUUCUACUACAGUAGCUGAAAUUGCUACACUGAGACUAAGGAGAAGGAAGCUGCCAGCCAGUGCCAUCCCCUGGGCUGGUUGUAAGUGUGAAGUUAAGCAAGUGGGGGCUGGCUGAGGGUAGUCUGAGCUUGAUGGGGGCACUGUACCAUUUGCCCUAAUGGACCUCUGCCGUAGUAAGACAAUAAAAUUACUUAAAACUUAAUUACCAAACACUUAGAAGUGUUUUAAAAAGCCAGAAAUAUUUCUAUUAAGCAUAUUGCCAAAAUAAAUAGGGAAAUUGAAAAGAACAUUGUUCAUGUAUGGGAUAAAGGCGGCCAGAAUUUUAGUAGCAAGAAAUUGGAAAAAUACAGCAAUACCUAACACGGCAGAUUGGCAAAUCCUAAUGGCAGAAUAUCUGCAGCUAGCAAAGGCGGCAGGAAGGAUAAGAGGCCAAACAAAACAAAUAAUCUAUAAGGAUUGGAACAUUUUUAAAGAAUACUUUAAAAACUAUGGUAUAAAAGGAAAUCUCUUGGCAGAAUUAGACUGACCCUUGUAUAGGUAUAAGUUCGUUGGGAGGUAAAAAGAAACUAUAUAAGAAAUAUGCGGUAUAAGUUAACCAAUAGAUAAAGUACAGUGAGACUAAUUGGAAGUCAUUUUUAAUUUUUCUCUUUACAAGUUUUAUAAUUGGUUUCAUUAUUGGGAGUAUAAAUGAUGUUAGUCGUAUUAAUUUUGUUGUUUUUUAUAUUGUUGUUGUUUGUUUGCUUUUUCUAUUGUUUGCCUGCCUGCUUGCUUGUAUGUUUGUUUGUUUGUUUUCUCUUCAUAAAUGUAUUUAUUUUAAAACAAUAAAGAUAUAUUCACGAAGGAAAAAAAGAAAAGAAAAAAAGGAACUGUCUUCAAACCAAGUAGAGCAGGCUAAACAAUAAGUCAACUUUAAAAUGCCCACAGGAAAUAUGGUUUGUAAAUUUCCCCUUUAAUAGAAUUUGAUGAAAGGAAUUCCAUCCUCAUGAUUUAGUCCCAUUGGCCUAGUAUUGUGGAAUGCUCUGCUCACAUAGAUUCAGGUGGUGCCUUCUGCUGAAACUAUUCUACCAGGCCUAUGUAGCCAGUUAAGUAUAGAUCUUUCCAGUGAUUAAUUGAUAAUCUGUUUUCAACUUUUUAAUAUGGUUUUUAUUAUAUGGUUUUGUGUCAUUUUUGUUGUAAACGGUUUGGGUAUUUUUCAUCAAAUAGAAUCAUAGAAUUGUAAGUUGGAAGGGAAAGAGGGUCAUCUAGUCCCACCCCCUGCAGUGCAGGAAUCCUGCCCACAGCCGGCCCUGGGUGGGCUCAAACCACCAACCUGCUGAUUAACAGCCAGACGCACUGACUCAUUGCUCCAGCCUUUAAAAAAUUUAGACAUAUAGAUGCAGUGCUGUGCCGUCCUAUGUAUGUCUACGCAUUUGUAAGUUCUACUCAGUUGACUGGGACUUUCUCCCAGGUAAAUGAGCAUAGCAUUGCUCUCAUUAUGUCCUCAGUCCCUGCCUCUGUAAUGUAUAAAUCUGAAUAAUGUUAUCAAGCAGUAAUCUGUUAAUAUCUCCAACCCAUCACUAUUUAAUAUUAAGUCAUAUUACCAUAGUCAGCUGAGCAUAUAACUUCCUUGGUACAAGCUGUAAUUCAAUGUAAUUUUGUAAUCUAGCUUUUUUAAGGUAUAUCUUUGGGAUUCUGCCACUGUUCCUAGCUUUGGUACCAGCUGGUUCAUCUGCUUCCAUGAAUGCUUUCCUGAAAAAAUAUGAAAUGUUUCUAUCUUUCAACAUUCGCGUGCUGGUAGGUAACAUUUAAUAUACAUAUACAUGCAUAUAUAGAGAGAGAGAGAGGGGAAAAAUGUAUUUAUCUGAGCAAUUUUAACACCCUGAAUGUUAAAACAUUCCCAAUGGAGAUGUUAGUAAUCCCGUUGUCUUGAAAUAUAGAAAUGAGCUAUACUAUGUGGGAAUCUAUGAAUAUAUGGUAUCGUUUAUGUAAUAAAUUACACCUGCAUACUGCCCUUCAAUCAGAGAGUUCCCAGGACAGCAAUAUAACAAUAAACCCAUCAAAACAAACAAAAGAUUUAGUAAGGCUAAAACAACAGAUAACAACAAACUUGAAUUGGUUUGAACAGGCAAAGUUAAGGGUGCCAUGGCUUUGCAAAUGGCCAGUGCUGGGCAAACAUUGAAUUGUUGAGUAUUUCCCCCCCAGUCUACUCACAUGAGCCAUCAUACUUCUCUCUCCUCCAUAGGAAUGUAUGGCAGUUAUAUUAUGAAACAAAUCCUGGUGUAGUUCCAUGCAAAACUGAAAUGUUCUCUUCGAAAGAACUAGGACAGGUGAAUUGGUGACAGAAAAUCAGACCUGAGGCAAUGGUGGCAUUAGAAAAGAAAGCAGAACCAGUCCUUGGUACACACUUGGAGAAGUGGGAGAUGCUAGGAUUCAAGCCUGCCUCUUUCAACUGAUAAUAACACAAUAACAAAUGCAUACAGUGCUGCAAUUGCUGAUUUGCAUUAGCAUCGCUUUGUUUGGAAGAGAUGUGCUUCCACUUGCAUCUUCAUGCCUUGUGGUUGUUUCCCUCUACUAUCUCAACUGCUGAGUCAACAGUAAUUUGUCAUUGGGUUGUUGCCAGUGUUUAAUACCAAGAAAACAAGCUAUGCUUCUGAUUACAGUGUUUGUUUGUUUGGCAUCCAACAUGCAGGUAGCUGAGUUCACAUUGAAUGUCUUGAAGUGAUUUCAGAACUGCUGUAAUUCAUGGAUUGGAUCCAAACUAAGUGAGUUGAACUUCAUCUCCGUUUAAGUCACUGUUGUUAAACCAUGACUAAUUUGCACCAUUGAAAUCAAUAGGAUCUUAGUUCAACUCACUUACAGUGCAGUCCUAACCAUAUCUACUAAGAAGUAAGUCCCACAGUUCAAUGCAGCUUACUCCCAGGUAGGUAAGUAGGGUUAGGACUGCAGCCUAUGUCUGGAUCCAAUCUAUUACAUUGUUACCUAAUUUGUUAUCAAAAUUCCAUAAUAUGUUGCUAGGAAGCAGCUAUAGUUUUCCUCCCAGAAGCUAAUCCUUUCUCUAUUCUUGUUCUAGGGAAAUGGGUUUUUCCUUGCUUAUUUGCAAGUCACUUUCCCAUCAUUCUGGUGCAUCUGUUGCCAGGCAUCUCUGUGCCAAAAUGUAGGAAAUAGAGCAAACAUUUUAACUGCCAAGGGAUGAAUAAUUAGCAAACUUUCACAAUGGAAAAGAUUGCAGUACUGAGACACCAAAACUGGAUUUUCUUAAAUACUUGUGAGCCAAAUUUUGUUUUGUACUUGCUGCAGGCUGCCUUGUGGUCAUUUUCCGUUUAGAUGGAGAGGUUGCCUUUUUAGAGCAGCAUGACAGGAAGGUGAUUGAUUGAAACCCAGCCAGAUGGGCGGGGUCAAAAUAAUAAAAUUUAUUUUUAUUUUUACAGAAAUUUAGGAUAAAUUGAUAGCAGGAUAAAUUGACUUAGUAAACUGUUCAUUGAGUGUUUGCAUGCACUUAGUAAAAGGGAUGUUUUGUUUAUUCCUGGUCUCUGCUUUGUAACGUGCUGUGAUUGGGAAGAUGGGAUUAAUCUCAAAAAGGAUUGUGGUAUAGAGGUGAUUAAAGUAAAUGACUGCAGCUGUAGGAUAAGGGGUUCAAAAAGAGAUUGAGAAGAGCUUCCCAAUAACCUCUCCAGACUGAGCAAAUGGAGAAUAAGAUGGCGAAUGCAAUUCGAUGUAAACAAGUGUAAAGUAAAGGCAAAGGACCCUGACCGUUAAGUCCAGUCGUGGACAACUCUGGGGUUGCAGCACUCAUCUCACUUUACUGGCUGAGGGAGCUGGUGUUUGUCCGCAGACAGCUUCCGGGUCAUGUGGCCAGCAUGACUAAGCCGCUUCUGGCGAACCAGGGCAGCACACAGAAACGCCAUUUACCUUCCCGCCGGAGCGGUACCUAUUUAUCUACUUGCACUUUGAUGUGCUUUCAAACUGCUAGGUUGGCAGGAGCAGGGACCGAACAACAGGAGCUCACCCUGUCGCGGGGAUUUGAACCGCCGACUUUCUGAUCGGCAAGCCACCUUCUGAUCAGUUUAGACCACAGCGCCACACGUUUAAAUGUAGGUGUAAAAAAGCCCCUUCAUAUCACAUAAUAAUACUCUUGGAGCCUGAACUGACCAGGCAGUGACUGACCAGGAAAGAAACCUUGGAAUCAUAGUGAAUAAUUCAAUGAAGAUGUUGACCCAGGGUGUGGCAGCUGUCAAAAAGGUUAAUUCCAUGCUAGGAAUCAUUAGGAAAGGAACUGAAAAUCGUAAUGCCGUCAUCUAAAUUUAUGGUACAACCACAAAUGGAAUACUGUGUGUUGUUCCAGUUUGCCGGUUUGUUGUAAAGUUGGAAUAUGUUCAGAAAAGGGCAACCAAAAUUACUGGGGGGGUUGGGUGGGUGGAUCAACUCCCUGGUGCGGAAAGGUUACAGCAUUUGGGACUUUUUGACUUACAGAGAAGGCAAGUAAGAGAGAAGUUUAUAAAAGCAUGCACGGCAUGGGAAAAGUGGACAGAGAGCAGUUUUUCCUCCCUCUCCCAACACUAGAACUCGUGUACAUCUAAUAAAGCAGAAUGCUGGAAGAUAUAGCACAUAUUUAAGCUGUUGAACUCAUUCUCAUAGGAGGUAGUGAUGACCACAAAUUUGGAUGGCUUUAAAAGAGGAUUAUACAAAUGAACUGAGUAGCUAGUAGCUAUGGUGGCUAUUCCCUGCCACCACAGCUGGUGUCUGCUUCUGAAUAGCAGCUACUGGAAUCCACAGGAGUGGAACAGUGUGAAUGUGCUGAGGUCAGGAUGCUGGACCAGAUAAGCUGUUGGCUUGAUCCAGCAGGAUCAUGUUAAGUUCUCUUGUAGAGUUGGCCAAGAGUGGAUGCCACCCCAGAGCCAAAAAAGGCUAGCUACCCCUUUUCUAACAAAGUAUCCAGUUGAAUUCCCCUGUGCCAUAGUUUUUCUAGCUUAAAAUGCUUAUUUAUGGAUCUAGGAAAAGGGAAAGUCUAGCCCUCUGAUUUCUGAGUAAACAUGCUUACCAUCAAUCUAUUAAAACAGUGAGGAAAUUCCGUAGGAAUAGUAACAUGCAAAACUGAAGCAGUUGACGACAUACAGUGCUUCCAGGAUGCCAGGAUGUCAUCUCAUAUGGUUGGCAAUAAAUCAUAAUAAAAUCCUGCAUUAGAACAUUUGUGGUGUUCAUGUACAGACCUAGAUACUUGGGAUGGGGGGAAUGCUGAAAUAACAAAAAGCUUUUUAAAAUGUGAAAUGAAGCUAAAGUAUGCAGGCAAGCAUGUAUUGCCUGCAUAAAGUAUGCAGGCAAACAACUUCUUUUAUGUCUUCCUUUUAAAAAACAAACAAACAUAUUAAUCUAUUCUUGAGGUUUGGACAUAAAAUGCUGUUGUAUCCAACUGACUUCAUACUGUCUACAUGUAAAUGUACCCAGCAAGGCAGAUCAGUUACUCCAGGCUGAUGAACCAAAUGGAGGGAAAACAGACCACUGCAUAUGAAUGCUUGCAGAAACGUUUCUCAUGCUUUCACAAUGGAUCUCAGGGACAUGGUCAAAUCAUUGAGUGCAUUGAGCUUAUUACACUGGAAAAAGAGAUGCAGAAGCAUCUAAAUUUAAACGUUGUUACUUGCAUUCUAAUUUAUAGGAAGAGGAGAUUGAACAACAUGCUGGAUGUAACAGGUCUAACACCAAUAGAGUUUUCUGCAAUACAAUGGAGGUAAUGUUGCUUUAAAAAAACAACACAUUGUAGUUUCUGUAGAGCAAGCACAAUAGGAAAGGAUGUCACAAUUCUGAGACAUUGUUGAUUUUUGGGGGGGAACAUCUCACCCUCACCCCCCCAAGCCUUUGGGCUUUUUUUGGAUUGUUACAACGUUUUGCUUAAGAAAUUGCCCUACAUCUGGGUUUUUCUGGACAUUUUGGCGAAAAUCUGCCCAGAUGCCAUUUUGAUAGUCUGAUUCCUGGAUGUGUUGGUGGAACUGCCAAGAGAGGACCUUGUGCUGAUCUUCACACCUGGGAAGGUGUGUAGGGAAGUGGUGUGGGAUGGUGCCAAAGGGAAUCCUGACAGCGCCCAACAAAAUGAUAGCUGUAAAUGAAUACUUGUAGAAACAUUUCUCACAGAGUUUCAGAACUGACCACAGUAAUGUGCACAAGCCAUUGACUGGUUAUACAACAGUGGGUUUAUUUACACUAGAAAGAGAAAUGCGGAAACAUCUGAAUUAACAUGUUUGUUCCUUGUGUUCUAAUUUGUUAUAGGUGAAUACAACUGGACUAGAAGUGUUCUGCAAUUCAGCUUUGGUAAUGUUGAUUUUUCUGGAGUUAGUAUAUACUGUAUCCUUAGUUUCUGUGGAGCAAAUACAAGCAAGGAAAGAUACCAUAACUAUGAAAGACACUAUAACUUUCUUCCUUCCCUUUUCCUUGCCUGUGACCUGCUCAGGGUAUCAGCACGAUGAUAAUAAUAAUAAUAAUAAUAAUAAUAAUAAUAAUAAUAAUAAUAAUAAUAAUUUAUUUAUACCCCGCCCAUCUGGCUGAGUUUCGCCCACUCUGGGCGGCUCCCAAUCAAGUGUUAAAAACAGUACAGCGUUACAUAUUAAAAACUUCCCUGAACAUGGCUGUCUUGAGAUGUCUUCUGAAUGUCAAGGAAUUGUUUAUCUCUUUGACAUCUGAUGGGAGGGCGUUCCACAGGGCGGGCGCCACUACCGAGAAGGCCCUCUGUCUGGUUCCCUGUAGCCUCACUUCUCGCAAUGAGGGAACCGCCAGAAGGCCCUCGGCGCUGGAUCUCAGUGUCCGGGCUGAACGAUGGGGGUGGAGACCCUCCUUCAGGUAUACAGGACCAAGGCCGUUUAGGGCUUUAAAGGUUAGCACCAACACUUUGAAUCGUGCUCGGAAACGUACUGGGAGCCAAUGCAGAUCUCUCAGAACCAGUGUUAUAUGGUCCCGGCGGCCACUCCCACUCUAGCUGCCGCAUUCUGGAUUAAUUGCAGUUUCCGGGUCACCUUCAUAGGUAGCCCCAUGUAGAACGCGUUGCAGUAGUCCAAGCGGGAGAUAACUAGAGCAUGCACCACUCUGGAGAGACAGUCCGCGGGCAGGUAGGGUCUUAGCCUGCGUACCAGGUGGAGCUGGUAGACAGCCUAUAUAUACACUCUCCGUCUGUCAUAAAGGAUCAGAGCUGCGUAUGAUAUAUAUAUGUAUAUAUAGUAAAAUAGAAAAACCAUUAAGAACAGAACUAACCUUGGCACUUAAAUUAGCCCAAGCCAUUGUGAAAAGUGGUACACGGAUAGUGCCCGCUGGCCUUAGAGCUGCACAGGAUUACCCAAUAUAAAAGAAACAGUCCUAUGGAAAGUUUAACUUUUUUUAAUGUUAGAGCAGUUAUUGGAGGCACCAGCAUUAAAUGGAGAAGACCUAGCAAAGUGUCGGUGUCACUUGAAAGUAGUGUAAAGGAGAGACUGGGAAUUAAACUCCACACUGAAGUUAAAAGUGGGGUGUAGGGAUCAACAUAUUGAACAUUUUAUUCAAUUUUGAGAGCCAAGAGCCUGAAGGAUCAGUAUGUAAGAAAGUUGUAUCAAGCCUAAUAGCACUCCAACUCAUUAACAUUUUUUUUUUGUUUACAGAAGAGAGACAUUCGUGACGUGGCAUGCCAUCUUCAAAAAAUGACCAAGAGAUGUAACUUCACUGAAAGUGUAGAGAAGAACAUGAAUGAGGUUUCCGGUAUGACAUUGGCAAUGCUCAAGGUAUGCUUUGUUUUUGCAGCUUGUUUCCUUUCAGCUACUUUUACUUGCCCCUCACAUCUGUGCACCCCUCUUUACUUCUGGAAGAUUUGACACUGAAUUUGCUGAUUCAAUAACAUAUCCAUCAUUUUCCUAGUGUUAUUACCUGCAUAGUACUUAACUGCUUUUCCCCCUAGCUGAUUUAUUGAAACACCUCGUACAGGGGUCAGCAAACUUUUUCAGCAGGGGACCGGUCCACUGUCCCUCAGACCUUGUGGGGGGCCAGACUAUAAUUUCUUUUUUUGGGGGGGGGGGUGAAUGAAUUCCUAUGCCCCACAAAUAACCCAGAGAUGCAUUUUAAAUAAAAGCACACAUUCUACUCAUGUAAAAACACGCUAAUUCCCAGAAUGUCCGCGGCCGGAUUUAGAAGGUGAUUGAACCGGAUCCGGCCCCCAGGCCUUAGUUUGCCUACCCAUGACCUUGUACAACUUUUUUUGUUUUGUAGUGGCUUAAAAUGUAGCUAGUAUAUUCUUAAGCCUACCAAUUUCAAAAUGUUUUGUGUACAGACUUGAUAUAUUGUCACUCAAAAAGAUGAUCUAUGUAUACUUCAACAGCCAUCUUUUCUUCUUUUCUUUUUUUUUAAAAAAAAUAUAGGACUGUAACAACAACACUGGUAUAAAACGACAAAGAGGAAACCCAUGUCCAAAUGUAAGAUAUAUCAAAAGGCUCUGUCGUGAAUGUUUGAUAAAGGAUAUAACUUUUCAGUUUAAGUUAUGUUGGGAUCAACUGAUGUCACAUUGGACUUAA